ACUCCAACGUAACAUUAUCAGUUGUCACAUUUGCCGCAAAUAUAUUUGUUUGUUUUUGUUUAUAUUCUUGUAGUGCGCAACAAGUUCAUCAAACUAUUUAAUUAAUUUGUUAAACAAAAACAGCAAAAAAUUGCCAAAUGAAUCGCUAUACAGUAAGUUUGUUGAUUGGUGAAGGUUCUUUUGGUCGCGUAUAUCGAGCAACUCGCAAGACAGAUGACCAAAUUGUUGCAUUGAAAAUAAUAUCAAAACGUGGACGUUCAAACAAAGAAUUGAAGAAUCUUCGACGAGAAUGUGAUAUCCAGGCUAAGCUGAAACAUCCAAAUGUCAUAGAGAUGUUUGAGUCGUUUGAGACAAAACAUGAUUUGGUUGUGGUGACUGAUUAUGCCCAAACCGAUUUGCAUCGAUAUUUGGCCAAGAACGGUGCGAUUUCAGAGGACAAAGCUCAAAAACUCAUUUGUCAUUUAGUGUCGGCUCUUUAUUAUUUACAUUCCAAUCGAAUUCUUCAUCGUGACUUGAAACCACAGAAUGUCUUAUUAAACGACGAUUUGCAUGCUAAACUGUGUGAUUUUGGGCUGGCUAGAAAUAUGACCAUGGGCACGCAUGUGCUAACAUCAAUCAAAGGAACUCCACUUUAUAUGGCUCCUGAACUGCUCGCAGAAAGACCUUACGACCAUCAAGCUGAUCUCUGGUCACUCGGGUGUAUUUCCUAUGAGACUAUGGCUGGACAGCCACCAUUCUGCACAACUUCUAUAUUGCACCUGGUCAAACUUAUCAAACACGAAGAAGUGAAAUGGCCCAGCUUCUUAUCAAGUGAUUGUCGUUCAUUUUUGCAGGGCUUACUUGAAAAAGAUCCAUCAUUACGAAUAACAUGGGCACAGAUAUUGUGUCAUCCUUUCGUUGACGGAAAGAUUUUAAUAUCUGGUAUUGUUGCUGAUUCGCCCUUUAUCAACCCCAAAAAGAAUUCUAAAGCAAACAAGCAAAGUAUUUUAAAAUCAUCUCAAGACAGAUCAAAUGAGGAAGCCGAGAACAUCAGUAAGAAGCUGGAAUCGCUUUCUAUACAGAGUGGUUCACAAUGCACUGAAAAUCUAACUUCAUCUCGAGACAGCGUCAAUGCUAUUCUCCAAAGUGACAUUGAGAAUUUGGAAACUGAUGUCGAAGAUGGUGGCAAUAGAGUAACAGUUCCCUUUUCCGACAGACCAUAUACAAUGUGUGUUGAUUCACCUGCAAAAUCCAUUGAUCUUCUCAAGUCUAAUCAACAUCGAACAAAUCAAAUAACAAAUUCAAAAGUUUGUUUUGUCACAGAUAACUCAAAUCUUGUAGUGAAUCAUCUGAAUGAUAACUUUAAACAAGACCUGCCUCAAAAUGAUAGCCCUGCUAAAUCAAAAGCAAAUCUUUCACUUAAUAUAAAAAAAUCACCUCUUCCAAGUGCACCCGAAAAGACCAACUUGCGCAAUAAAGAUUUAGAGAAGAGAAAAUUAAGUCAGAAUUUGGAUAAUUUUUCUCUUAGAUUAGGCACUAGCGUAGAUGUGGUAGAAAAUAUUAAAAAGGGUGGAGAAAAAAAGGAAAAAUUGUUAAAAGUUAGCACUCAGUCAACGGCGGGGACGGUCGAAGAGAAACAAAACGAAAACAUACCUCCUUGCCUGCUACCAGGAUGGGAUUCUUGUGACGAAUCACAAAGUCCAGUGAUUGAGAAUGAAGAAUGGUUGGCGUUUCUGCAUCGAUCAAUUCAAGAGGUUCUCGAUGGAGAAUUAGAUUCCUUGCAGCAACAGAAUUUAGUUAGUAUUAUUGUUGCACCCUUGCGAAAUACAAAUGCUACACCAAAAGUUGUUGAAGGUGUGGCCCAACUGCUGAGUCUGCCACUAGUGCUUGGAGGUCCCCCUAGUGUAAUUGAUCUUAUUAAAACGGUGUACGCAGAAGUUAAAUUGGUUCCUAAUUUGAUGUUUGCAUCAAAACUACUCUUGAGCACAAAAUCCAUAAAUGACUCUAAUUCUUCACUGCCUACCUAUUCCAAUACAAGAACUUCAAUUCGAUCCGUUUCGGAACUUACGAAGGAAGAAAUUGUAACCGCAUCCCGUCUUUAUGAAUUAAUAUGUCAUUUGGUUCAUUUAAAGGAGCAAUUUCUCUCACAAUUUUGUGAUGCAGUUGUAAUAUUGUCUGCCGAUGAUCUUUUGAUAAAUUUCUUAAGUCAUGAUAUUAAAAACAAACACACUAUAAGAAUUACGAAUUGCGUAAUAGCUCUGCUGUGUUGUGUAUUGCGUGAACUACCAGAAAAUGCCGACCUAGUGGAAAAGAUUAUCUUUAGUACUAAACUGGAUUUGAUUAAUUUAAUAAAACAAGAAGAUCAACUACUACGAAUACGAUUAUGCAUGUUGUUUCGAUUAUUAAGUCGAUUUAGCUUGCGGGGUCUUCAAAAUAUUUGGUCAUCUGAAGUCAGAAGAACCAUCGAGUCGUUUAUCGAUGAUAAAAAUGAAGAAGUUCGAAUGGAAGCUCAAUGCAUGUUAGAUGAACUUAAACAUUUUUCCUUUUACGCAUAAGAAAAGUGUUUCCAUACAUCAAUGUCUAAUACUUACAAAAAUUAAGUGGCCUAUUUUCUUUAAUGUAUGUUUUGAUUAAAACAACGACUGUCAAUUUCUAAAUUGCAUUAAAUAAUUAAGCUGAGCUAUUAAAAAUCUAAACCAGAAAUUGUAAAAUGUAGGCAAUAAACACUUUUUUAUUUUCCUAGAAA